GGAAACUCAGACUUCCACACAUCUUGGAAGGGGUGUCGAGCUGUGGGAGAGAUGUGCCAGCCUCAGCCACUGCUGGCCCUGCUGCUCCUGCUCUCCUGCCCAUGGGCCAGUGCCAGUGCUCUACAGGGUCAGAUUGUGGGGGGCCAUGAGGCGCAGCCCCACUCCCACCCUUACAUGGCAUACCUGAAGAUAGGGGUGUCUGCCUGUGGGGGCUUCCUGGUGGCCCCUGAGUGGGUGAUGACAGCUGCACACUGCAUGGGGAAUAUCACAGUCAUCCUGGGGGCUCACGACAUCCACAAACCAGAAAAAACCCAGCAGGUCCGGGGAGUUCUCAGCUACCACAAGCACCCUGAAUACGACCCUGAGGCCGUGCUUAAUGACAUCAUGUUGCUCAAGCUGACAUCAAAGGUCACUCUCAAUGACUAUGUCAAGACCAUUCCACUGCCCAAGACCAGCAGUGACCUCCCCACAGGCACUAAGUGCUGCAUCGCCGGCUGGGGUCUGAUUGAUGACGACCGAGCGACCAACAAGCUCUUUGAAACCAAAGUCUCCAUCUACAGCCGCAGGAAAUGCAUCCUCUUCUAUCCACAUCUUGACACUGGCAUGGUCUGUGCCGGCAGCUUCCACCAGCUGAAGGAUUCCAGCCAGGGAGAUUCUGGUGGGCCCUUGGUAUGCAAUAAAGUGGCACAAGGCAUUGUUUCCUUUGGGUAUGAUGCCCCACCUGGGGUCUACACCCGCAUCUCCAACUACCUGCCCUGGAUCAAAAAAGUCAUGAAGAAGUAGCUGCAGCCACGGCACUCGCUCCAGCUCAGAUGUGGCCCUGGAGACUGCAAUGGCUUCCUUCCUGUCCCUGCUAAAGGUUCUACUCCCUCCUCUCUCCUUGGGAACCCAAGUGACUUGGUGCACGUGAGGAUCCUCUUCAUUCUGUUCUGAGGCUGCUGGCUGUCCCAUUCCCUGCCCAUCUCAGGCAGCCACUUCAGGGCCAUAUUAAACACCCUGACAGAGGCAAGGAUAGUCCCUGAUGGCAUAGAAAGAGGCAGUGCCACAACAGACCUCAUUUCCUUCAGAGAUAACACUGUCCCCUCUUGAACCUUGCUGUACUUAAAACAUCCACAGUAAACUCAAAGCUGCAUUU